UGUUUUACGUCAUCUCUGGCCUGUUACUCGCCUAGCGUCGAUAAGCGGUCUUUUCGUAGGCUCUGGAUGCUAUUUGCUGGCUGGCUGGUUGGUCGUGUCCCUGAUCCUGAAUCCUCAAUGAAGGAGGGGCUUCGUUGUUGUCAGCGCUGUGUCACGUGAACAUCUUACAGCCCUCACCGACGAGUUGUUUUAUCUGUCACACUGUGCUUCCGACCGCGACUGCCUGGCCACAGCCAGUAGUCCAACGCUGUUCGAUACUGGUAGGUAGGUGGGAUGAGCAUUGAAGUUUCGCCCGGUUUCAUCACGACAGUAGGAUAGUGUCAAUUUUCUACACGCUUCAAAACGCAACGAUGAGAAACUUACAGAUGGCUUAUUCCAUGGGGCUCAAAGGUUUAUCCCGUCCCGUUGUUCGAAUUCAGUCUAGUCAAAAUAAAUAUCCCAUGGUUGCAUUACAGAUGUUACUGGUUCCAACUCUUUGUGGAUCAAGAGUGAAUAGUUUUGUGAGGAAUAUGGCGUCACGUUCAUACCAACAACAUGUUCUGACCAAAAAUCUGACACUUGUUACCACUCAAGGAGGUUUGAAGGUGGGAAAGGAUCAUGAAGUGACCUUGUUGAGUGAUCUGGAGAAAACCCGGCCCCUUGUGGUGCUCCUAUCAUGGCUUUUAGCAAAGCAAAAACACAUUCUUAAGUUUGCUGACUUUUAUCUUGACCAAGGGUUUGAUGUGCUCACUGUCAGCAUACAGCCAUGGCAGAUGUUAUUACCUGCUCGAGGCACUCAGGUUCUAGGAGCAGACCUCUUGAGGUUCUUGCAUAUAAAUGAUUGCUACCAACCUCUCAUGCUGCAUGGCUUUUCAGUUGGUGGUUAUGUUUGGGCUGAAACUCUUGUCAAGAUAAAUGAAGAUCUUAAAAAAUAUCAGCCUACCAUAGAUCGAUUUGUAGGACAGGUGUGGGAUAGUGUUGCAGACAUCACAGAGAUACCUGUUGGCUUUCCUAAAGCAGUAUUUCCAAAUAACCCUAUUUUGCAGGCAGCAACUGAAAAAUAUGUUAGAUAUCAUAUGUCUGCAUUCCAUAACAUUGCUACAUGCCAUUACAUUCGUGCUAGUCAAAUGUUUUACACGACUGUUAUACGCAGUCCUGCUCUAUUCUUUCUUUCAAAAACUGAUCCUGUUGGCUCAAUUGAAUCUAUUACUCGCUGUCGUGAUUCCUGGGAUGCUCAAGGAAUAAAGACUUACAUGAAAUGCUGGGAUAAAUCACCUCAUGUUCUGCAUUACCGCCAUCAUCCAAAGGAAUAUGCAGCUGAAUUGUAUGCUUUCAUGGAUCGUCUGGGAAUGUUAGCAAAUCCAGAGAAGUUUCGGGCUAAAUUGUGAAAGGUUUUGACAUUGUGUAGUGUUGAAGAGACUAUCUUUCAUUUAAAUGCCUGUUAUUUGCAGUGUAAAUUUGAAUUUUAAAAUUCCUGUUGAACUAUUUACAUCUUCGAAAAUAUUUGAAGUUAUCACUGCCAGAUCCUCUUUGCACUAUGUGCCCAAAUAAAGAAGCAAAAGUAUUUAAUAAUGUGAAAUUUUCUGAUACAACCAUACAUUAAACUUUUGUGAAAAGAAAGAUGUAUUCAAAGAAGAUGAUUGCUGUAAAUGUAUUAGGAAUAAUGUAAUCGGAAGUAUAUGGAAAGUGUAGUUCAAAAGUGUAAUUUCAAAACCUGAGAAACAUGCUAUGGAUGGAUUGUUUAAAGUUAUGGAUUGCAUUUAAAAAAAUAACUUGUGAUAAACUUUCUAGAAAUAAUUUGGAGCUAUAUAAAUAUUCAUAGGAAAAUUCUUAAUAAAAGAAAAGUCAAGAUUAAAUUUUAAAUUGUGUGAAACUUAUUCAGGUAUUUCAGUUUUAAAUUUUUGAUAUUUUGUUUUCUUUUUGUGUAUUAGAGCCAAGAGGUUAUUCUGAAAAGAAAAGAAAAAAAGGCAAUUUGUUAAAACUAUUUGCUUAAAAUUUAAAAAUGGGAGGGAAAAAUUCAAUCACUUUAUUUCAGAGCUAAGCUGUGACCUCUUAGCUUCCAAACGUUUAUUUUAAAUAAUGGGACAGAUCUCAGGUUUCUGUUAUAAAUUACAAGACAAUGUGGAAUAAGCUUGCAUAAGAAUUUUUACAGAAAAUGCUACAGAUGGUAAGGAUUGGUAUGAAGAGUUGCAACUGUUAAUAGGCUAUGAUUGAAAGGAUUAUUGGCAAUUUACCAUCAUGAAAGUGGAAUUAUGCAGAGGGAAAUAAAAUGCAACACUUCUAAGAUGUUUAUUCAUAGCUUUGCUCUCUUUUCUUAAGGACACCAGCAUCUUCACCCCACCAUAUAUUUAAAAUAAUCCUUUCAAUCAUAGCCUCUUAAAAAUUGCAACUCUUCAUACUGAUUCUUACCAGGUGAAGAAUUUUCUGCAAAAAUUUAAAAUUCAAAAAACAACUAGUUGUUUGAAGUGAUUUACUUAUUUGCCUCAGACGUGUUACAUGCUCUUUGAGAGUAACAACUUGAAAAGCUGCACAUUUCAGAAUGCUGGGUUAACAAGUACAAAUUAAUUUUUGUUGAUUGUUAAAGCAAGUAAUUACUGUUUCAUUGACAGUUUCUUUGCUUCAGUGAAUGAGUGUAAAGAAAACUAUUAUCCUUCCUGAACAUCUGUCAUAAUGAAAAACUAUUACCUUUUCCUGCAUUGUAGAAUUUUUUGCAUCUUCAGGAGGACAAGUCGAUAUGCAAGUAUCCAAAUUCUACUUUCAUUAUCAUUAAUAAUGGUCAGGUUUAUUCAAGUAUUUGUAUAAUAAUUUGAAGCAAAUGAUAUCCAGGAUCAACAUCAAUUCUUCCUUUUUGAAUCUCACUGACAUGUUGACUCACCAGACAAGUCAAGUUAAGUUGAUACUCAUUUUCCUGUCUUUGUUUUGAUUUUCACCAGCUUAAUAAGAAUAGUGAAAUAAACCCCUCUUAAUAUUUGAAAAGUAAAAACAAGCAUUCAAUGUCUUUGUCCUUUAGAAGUUGAAUGGACGCAAGUUGUAUUGCAACUUUAUAAUAUAUUUUGACUCUUUUGUGACUAGAAAUCUAAACAUCAAGUAAAGUCCAGGUUUCUAAUCAUACUGAGUCUGUUUGUUGGUAUUUAUUUCUCUCUCUUUGUCUGUCUGUCUUUCUUUGUUUUUCCUUCCUUUUUUCUUUCUGGUACUAUAACACUAUGUAGUCCUCUAACUUAUUAGCCCCCCCCCUUUUUUGUGGCCCAUUCAAAAAUAUUGGUCUGAAUCAUUUGGCAAAUCUGCAUGCCAAGAGUACAAUGAAAAUAGUGAAUCAGUAUUUUUUCAUACAAUGGAGUACAAUAAAUAUAAUCAGUAAUGUUAGGUCUGCAUUAAGAGUUUUUGACUUGUAAAUGCAAUAUCAAAACAUUUAUCAAAACCAACUAGGCUUUAUCUGUGAAUAAAACACAAUAUCAAAUUAUUCAAAUAAGAUAUUUAGGAACAACCUCAUCUUAUAUUCGGGUAAAUAGGCUAAUCAUUUAAGGUAUUAUUUUUUAAGUCCAUUCUUUUGCAAUACAUUGAUGUUUUAAAGUCAUGUUAUAUAAUGCAAUUCAGCAGAGAACUACACACAUUAAAAUUAUUUCUUUGGGUAAAAUACCUUAUAUAAAGAAUGUUAUUUUGUGCUAACUCUUAUGCUUAUAAUUAGUAUUAUGAAAAUGGUUAAGUUCAGUUCUGGACACCAUUCUUUAUUAUUUUAGUCAUUUUGCUUAAAAUUUGAAGAAGUGAAAAGAAAAAGAAAUGACAGAAUUUCCAUUGUGAAACAAGAGAUUGACAUUUGUGAAUUUGAAGAGAUGCCAACAUAUUUCAGACUUGCUUCAAAUAAGAAAAAUAAAUAUAUUUUAAGUUGUACCUUGGCUCUUUAAGUGAUGUUAAUAAAUGUGUUGGAAUGAAGGAAAAAAUAAUGAAGCAUGGGGUAGACAGAGAGAGACUGGCUUGGACUCUUUUCAGUAGUAGUGCAGCUUCAUGAAUUGAAAUAAUUUGUAGUGUAAGUCUUUACAAGGGUAAGAUUAUUUAUAUACACCUUUUCUAAAUAUAUUUCAAAAGACUGCUGUAUUAGUAAGAUAUUCAGUUUUCCACCAAGAUAUUUUAUUUGCUCAUUGUCUCUUUAGUGGCAGAAAAAAUUGUUACUUUUGAGACUUUAUUCUGUGAAGAAUAAAUGACUUUAUUAAUACCAAUGUUAAUUGAGUUUAUUGUUUAAGUGUUAAAGAAUUUGAAAUUUUAUGAUUCAGCAUGUAAUUAAUUUAAAUAUUGGAUAGUUGCAUCUGUCAGAACCGUUUUAUUUUAUGCAGUAUAUUAAAGGAUUGCAAAAAGAACACAAAGCUUUAAUUUAUACAUUUAUAUCAGGUGGUAAAAAUACUCACUAGCAGGUCCCCCAUCAUUUUAGCAAGUAUUGGCUUCAAGUAUUGGCAUAGAAUCAUGUACAAUUUUGUUUUUGUAAUUUUUUUAAUUUUAUCACAAUCACCACAACCUUGUUUACAUUUCCAAUACUCUGGAUGUGGUCAGCGUCUCUUAAAACAGCAAGUAUAUUGUGUUUCUGACGGCUGGCUGGAGAAUGAAGUUUCUGAGCCUAAAAUCGGGUGUGAUUGCAGGGCGCUGCAAGAUACACGUCUGUUGUAAUUUGCAUACUAAUGUUGUGAAUUCAAAAAUUUGUGUUUAUAGUUAGUAACGAGAAAAGUAUGUUUAUUUUUCUGCUGUACUGAAAAAUAUCUUCAGCUCUUUGACAUGCAGUAAGCACAACUUUCUGGACUUCAUAGAAAAAAGAAGAGCAAUCAAAGGGAAACUGCUGUGUGAAAACAGCAUUUCUUAUCAAAAUGCCAUUAGAAACAUUCAUUUAACUGAAGACAAAACUGUGGCGUAUGUUUUACCACCUAAAAAGACUCAUCUAUUUAUAUUGUUUCUAUAGAUGGAUAUGUAUUGGCAACAUUAGUCCAAUAUCAGCAAUACUAUAGAGUUAGUGCUAUUGUUAUUUGUUUUUUUAGACAUGUAUUGAAAGAUGCUAUUUAUGUUUGAUUAGGAAAUUUGUAUUAUCUAGUGAAUAAAUUUGAAACAAUUUUUUACUCGAUACGGUUUUGCAAUGUGUCAUUUUACUCUCUAUUUUAGUAAAUACAUAUUUCUUCAAUAAAUCUGUGGUUACCUACUGUGUUAAUUUGUAAGAUUUAAUUCUCAAAAAAAUGUCAAGUUUUAUUUACAUAAUAUUAACUGUUUUUAUUAUAUUUGCCAAGUAUUACCUUUGACAUGCUGAACUUGUUGGGAUUAUUAAGAGGAAUGUCACAUUGAUGCUUUCUCCACUUUUUUCACUUCAGGGUGAUUUGUUAAUGUUUUUCCUCUGUGAACCCUUGGAAGUUAUGUUGUCAGUUUAAACUCAUACUAAUCAAAUUUGCACUUGUUUUC